GUCAGUAAAUAAAGCAUGAGCUCUCGACACAGGGAUAGGAGUCGAUCACGAUCUCGGGACCGGGAUCGGCACAAGGAUAGAGAUAAGGGGCGUGAUCGUGACCGUGACAAGGAUAGGGAUAGAGAUCGUGAUCGUGAUCGGGAUCGUGAUCGUGAUCGUGAUCGUGACCGCAAUCGUGACAGGGACAGGGACAGGGACCGCGACCGCGACCGCGAUCGUGAUCGUGAAAGGCACCGAUCCAAAAGGGAUAAGGAAAGGGACCGCAGUCGCAGCCGUGAUCGCCACAAGGAAAAGAGGCGCAGUCGCUCUCGCAGUGGUAGUAGAAGCCGUGGCAGAAAGUCCAAGGAUAGGGAUGGCACGAUUGCUCUUCUCGACCAGAUGGUGGGCACGACAACCAAGGCCACUGCUCGUCAAGUGGCAGCCCCUACUAGUAUCAACCCUGCAACACAGGCUGCUAUUCUGGCAGCUGCAGCUGUAGCUCAGCGGCGCAUGGCGGCACCCGUGCAACCGGCGGCGGCGGCGGCGGCCGCGCUGAGCGCCGCCACCGCCAUCCCGCCGCCCACCUCCGUGCAGCAGAAGCUGGAGAUGUUGCAGGCGCGCACCGAGUCGCGCUACCGCGACAGGCCGCCGCUCGACCACCACCCUGACGACGACAAGGACGACGGCCAGGGCCCGCCCGGCGAGACGGCGGCGGAGCGGCGCGCGCGGCGGCGCCGCACCCGCUGGAUGGGCUCGGAGCACGACAAGACCUUCAUCCCCGGCCUGCCCACCGUGCUGCCGUCCACGCUCACCCGCGAGCAGGAGGAGCAGUACCUCCUUCAGCUGCAGAUCGAGGAGGUGAGCCGCAAGCUGCGCUCCGGGGACCUCGGCAUCCCUGCCAACGUGGACGAGAGGUCGCCGUCGCCGGAGCCCAUCUACUCCACGGACGGCAAGCGCCUCAACACGCGCGAGUACCGCACGCGCCGCAAGCUGGAGGAGGAGCGCCACCGCCUCGUGCAGCGCAUGCAGCAGAUCAACCCCGAGUUCAAGCCGCCGCCCGACUACAAGCCUCCCAUUAUUCGAGUGCACGACAAGGUGAUGAUCCCACAGGAGGAGCACCCGGACAUCAACUUCGUAGGGCUGCUCAUUGGACCGCGAGGAAAUACACUUAAAGCGAUGGAGAAGGAAACGGGAGCCAAGAUAAUAAUUCGCGGCAAGGGCUCGGUGAAGGAAGGGAAGGUGGGCCGUAAGGACGGACAGCCUCUGCCCGGAGAGGACGAACCGCUGCAUGCCUACAUCACAGCGACAAACGCCGACUGCGUCAAGAAGGCAGUUGAGAAGAUCAAGGAGGUGAUCCGCCAGGGGGUGGAGGUGCCCGAAGGCCAGAACGAUUUGCGUCGAAUGCAGUUGAGAGAGUUGGCUCAACUCAAUGGAACACUGCGGGAGAGUGAUGCGCCGCGCUGUGCCAAUUGUUCAGCAGCUGACCACAAGACUUGGCUAUGUCCCGACAAGCCGAAUGUGACGAACAGCAUCGUGUGCUCGUCGUGCGGCGGCGCGGGACACAUCGCGCGGGACUGCCGCGCGCGCCGCCCGGGACACGCGCCGCCCGCCCACCACGACAAGGCUAAGAUCGACGAGGAGUACAUGUCGCUGAUGGCGGAGCUGGGCGAGGCGCCGCCGGGCGCGGGCGGGGCGGGGGGCGGCGCGCCGGGCCCGCUGCGCCGCGUCGCGCACUCGCCCUUCGCGCCCGCGCACGCGCCGCGCGCGCUCAUGCCGGCCGGCGGAGCUCCGUCCAUGCCGCCGCCGACGCCCUACCCGCACGCCAUGCCACACGCGACGCCGCACGCGCCUUGGCUCGGUGCCGGCGCGGCCGCGGGCGUGGGCGCCGCGCAGCCCCCGCCGCCCGGCAGCGCCCCGCCCUUCCCGCCGCCGCCGCCGCCGCACCAGGGUGACGCGAUGGGCCCCCCGGGCGGCGGGCCCGGCGCGCCGCACAUGCCGCCGCCUCCGCCGGGUAUGAUGGGUAUGGGCGGCUGGCGUGGUGCCUUCGGCCCGCCCUGGGCCGCGCCGCCGGCAGCCUUCCUCGCACCCCCGCCGCCCCCGCCGCCCGUCUCCUCCUCCUAGGACCUAGGGUCCACGGGGGGAACUGUCUCUUACGAGCGCACGGAAGGGGACUCUCCUUGAAGCCGCGAGAGGGAGACGUAGUCGACCGAGAGCCGACUGUGAGACUUGAUGCUUUGUCCUACAAGGUGUUGAUUAUCUAUCCAUCCAAACCUACAACAUGUUUUUUAAAUGAAUCGAUGAAAUGUAUAACGGUGUGAAUUAAGUUAUCUUGCACAAAAUGUUAUCGACGGCGGUGGUGUCGAUAUUAAAUGAUGAGUGAUUAAAUAUGUAUAUGAUACACG